GUGUAAGUGCACCUUGGUUACUUCUAAUUUUAACCAGCUCUUGACAGUUCCGUGCAAAAUGGCGUAUAUAUCUAAUUUAUAAUUGCCGCGCUAGUUUUUCCAAAUAUAACUUCCUAUCAAUACUGCAAAAAAACGCUGCCACCUGGUGAAAAAUCCAAGAAGUUUGCCACGGUAUUGUACACUUGUGAAUUGGCCCAUAGACGCGAGAGAGACCGAUCAUUGUAAACUAGCACGUCGUUCAGUCAGCUGACCUGUCUUGUGAUAGCAGCCAGGCUCGUCUCCGAAGCUUGACUCGUUGUUGUAGAGUGGACUUACUUCGAUACAUUGCACAUCUCCUGUUGGGUGGUUUUGAUUUGAUUAAGAUUCACAAUGACUAGCCGUGGGUUGCCAAAGAUUGCUAUGGAGGAGAAGGAGGGUAAAUUUGGCUAUGUAUACGCAGUGUCCGGUCCUGUCGUCACUGCUGAGAAAAUGUCAGGGUCAGCUAUGUACGAGCUGGUCAGAGUAGGAUAUUAUGAAUUAGUAGGAGAAAUUAUUCGUUUAGAAGGUGAUAUGGCUACCAUUCAGGUAUAUGAAGAAACCAGCGGUGUAACUGUAGGUGAUCCCGUGCUUCGUACCGGCAAACCAUUGUCUGUAGAAUUGGGUCCUGGUAUUCUUGGCAGUAUUUUUGACGGUAUCCAGCGUCCACUGAAGGACAUCAACGAACUUACUGGCUCUAUUUACAUCCCAAAGGGUAUUAAUGUGCCCUCUUUGUCAAGAACUGCAUCCUGGGAAUUCAAUCCAUUGAACAUAAAGAAUGGAAGCCAUAUUACUGGAGGAGAUUUGUUUGGUGUGGUUUAUGAAAACACAUUGGUGAAACAUAGAAUGAUUUUACCACCAAAAAGUAAGGGAACUGUUACUUAUAUUGCCCCUGUUGGAAAUUAUACAGUUAAUGAUGUUGUAUUGGAGGCAGAAUUCGAUGGAGAAACGCAAAAAUACACUAUGCUUCAGGUAUGGCCGGUACGUCAACCUCGUCCCGUCACAGAAAAAUUGCCAGCUAACCAUCCUUUACUUACUGGUCAAAGAGUCUUGGACUCGCUCUUCCCAUGCGUCCAGGGUGGAACCACGGCAAUCCCAGGUGCCUUUGGUUGUGGUAAAACUGUAAUUUCCCAAGCUUUGUCCAAAUAUUCCAACUCUGAUGUCAUUAUUUACGUUGGUUGCGGAGAACGUGGUAAUGAAAUGUCCGAAGUACUUCGUGAUUUCCCAGAACUAACUGUAGAAAUCGAUGGCGUCACCGAGUCUAUCAUGAAGCGUACGGCUUUGGUUGCUAAUACCUCGAACAUGCCUGUAGCUGCUCGUGAAGCAUCCAUUUACACCGGUAUCACACUCUCCGAGUACUUCCGAGAUAUGGGUUACAAUGUUUCUAUGAUGGCUGACUCAACAUCUCGUUGGGCUGAGGCGCUUCGUGAAAUUUCUGGUCGAUUGGCUGAAAUGCCUGCAGAUUCUGGUUAUCCCGCUUAUCUCGGAGCACGUCUGGCUAGCUUCUACGAGCGUGCAGGAAGAGUAAAAUGUUUAGGUAACCCUGAUCGCGAGGGUUCUGUCAGUAUAGUAGGUGCUGUAUCGCCACCCGGUGGUGACUUCUCUGAUCCUGUUACUAGUGCAACUCUUGGAAUCGUGCAGGUGUUCUGGGGUUUGGAUAAAAAACUUGCUCAACGUAAGCAUUUCCCGUCUAUUAACUGGCUCAUAUCGUAUAGUAAGUACCUGCGAGCUUUGGAUGAUUUCUAUGACAAGAACUUCCAAGAGUUUGUACCUUUACGAACAAAAGUAAAGGAAAUCCUGCAAGAAGAAGAGGAUCUAUCAGAGAUUGUACAGUUAGUUGGUAAAGCAUCUCUUGCGGAGACAGACAAAAUUACUUUGGAGGUGGCGAAACUUCUGAAAGAUGACUUUUUGCAACAGAACAGUUAUUCGCCGUACGAUCGCUUCUGUCCAUUUUAUAAGACCGUGGGAAUGUUACGAAACAUGAUUGCAUUCUAUGAUAUGGCGAGGCAUGCAGUAGAGUCAACGGCGCAAUCGGACAAUAAAAUAACAUGGAAUGUUAUAAGGGACAGCAUGGGCAACAUUCUUUAUCAACUUAGUUCCAUGAAGUUUAAGGAUCCUGUUAAAGACGGUGAAGCAAAGAUUAGAGCUGACUAUGAUCAGUUACACGAAGAUAUCCAACAAGCGUUUAGAAAUCUAGAAGAUUAAUUAUCGGGGGCAAUCAUACAAAUAUAAUUUCUCCAUGUGAACGUUCAGGAAUCUUGUGCUGGUCAUUUAAGGAUGUCCUGGAUCUGCUGGAGAAAAAAAUAUAUAUAAAACAAGCAUUCAUAAUCACGUAUCGCACACUAAGUUGUUAUAUUAGUUUCAAUAUUUACGACAAAAAAAAAUUGUACAUAAGAAAUUACAAAUAUAAAGUCUACUGUAA